AUGUCGUCGGAGAAGGAGCCGAGGAACAACGAAACCGUUCUGGUGGUGGAUGACCAGGAUUCGACCGAGAGCUUGAGCAAAGCCCAAGCCAGUCGGCUUCUGCUCAAGACCGACCUGGUUGUGAUGCCUCUGGCAAUCCUUAGCAUGACUCUAGCUUUCCUCGAUAAGAACGCGCUUGGAUACGCUGCCGUGUUCGGCCUGAGAGAAGACAACAACUUGGUGGGCCAGCAGUACAGUUGGCUCAGCAGCAUCUUCUACUUCGGCUACCUGGCCAUGGAGUUUCCCAACCUGUGGCUGAUGACCAAGCUUCCCAUUGGGAAAUAUGUCGGAGUUUGCCUGGUUCUUUGGGGAGCGUCGCUUUGCUUCAUGGCCUCGUGCCACAACUUUGCCGGCCUGGCGACGAUCCGGUUCUUACUCGGCGUAUUUGAGGCUGCCCUGCUGCCCUGCAUGAUGAUCGUCAACUCCAUGUGGUAUCGAAAGGAGGAGCAGCCUCUGAGAACCGCAUUCUGGUACAACACCUUUGCUGAACGUUUGUUGACUGGUAUUCAGUACAUCUUCAUCAUCUAUGGCGCAGUUACGGUGCUCGCUGGAGGUCUUGUAUUCUUUGCCUUGCCCGAUUCGCCCUCCAAGGCUUGGUUCUUUAACGAAACUGAGAAGAAGCUCGCUCUCGUCCGUCUUGCCGAGAACCAGACAGGCAUCGACUCUCACAAGGUAAGUCUUUCCCCCAGGGCUGUCGCUUCUUCCCUCUUUUGGAAAAAGGCUUUACAUGCCGUCGAGGAGCCCCUGACUAACGCUCCGCCACAGACCUUUAGCGCAAAGCAGAUUCUGGAGACGCUGCGCGAUCCAAAGUGCUACUGCAUCUGGGCCUGCGCAUUCGGCUACGCCAUCGCCAACGCAGGCGUCACAAACUUCAACCCCCUGAUCAUCGCCGGCUACGGCUUCAGCAGGACGAAGACGGUCCUCAUGGCCACGCCCCAGGCGGCCGUCGCCAUGGUCAGCGGCGCCAUACUGACGGCCAUCACCUUCUGGGUGCCCAACGUGCGUUGCAUCUUCUGGAUCUUCUCGUCCCUGGUCGGCAUGGCCGGUGCCGUCAUGGUGCACUCGCUCGACGCCGCGACCCAGCGGAACGCGUCCCUGGCCGGCGUCUACCUCAUGGGCUUCUACAAUGUGCCCUGGGUGUUCAUGCUGAGCCUGUCGUCCUCAAACACGGCCGGAGCCACGAAGAAAAGUUUCAUGGGCAUCUCGAUUGCCGUUGUCUAUGCGGUUGGCAACAUUGUUGGCCCCCAGUUCUACCUGCAGCGGCAGGCUCCCCACUACCCUCUCGGCAUCGGAAGCAUGCUGUGCGCUUUUGCACUGAUGGCCUUUGCGGGAAUCUCGUACUACUUUUUGUGCAUCGCAGAGAACAAGAGGCGUGACUCGAAGUACGGCAAGCCGCAGGAUGAUCUCCAGAUUGGACUGGAGGCGGACAGGACGGACAGCACCGAUCUCGAGAACCACAACUUUAGGUACACCUACUGA